AUGUCUGAAGCUGAAUUUGACAAAGCUGCUGAGAAUGUGAAGCACCUCAAGACCCAGCCAAGUGAUGAAGAGAUGCUCUUUAUCUACAGCCACUUCAAACAAGCCACCAUGGGUGAUGUAAAUGCAGAUCGGCCGGGGCUUUUGGACCUCAAAGGCAAGGCCAAGGGGGAUUCCUGGAAUAAACUUACAGGAACUUCCAAGGAAAGUGCCAUGAAAACCUAUGUGGAGAAAGUAGAAGAGCUGAAGAAGAAAUACCAAAUAUAA